AUGUCCGCCAUCCUCCGAAAAUUGCAAGGCGGAAACCUCGAAGUCUUCAAGUUCGGAAUGUAUAUCCUCUUCCCCAUUGGCUGGAUGUACUACUUCGGCACGAACCUGGACGACCGUUUCAACGUCUCGGGCUUCUGGCCGUCCGCCGAACAAUCGCACAAGAUCCCGCUGGAGAAGGAGGAGAUUGAUAAAGAGCUUGCGCGGAUGAGGGCGCUGGAUGCGAUUCGGAGGGAGAGGAGGGUGCAACGUGCUGCGCAGGAGAGUGGGGAGGAGGGGUCAGCAUGA